AUGCUUGCCACCGACGAAACGCAUAAUGCUUGCCUACAUAUCAGUGAACCCGGCAAGGCUACAGUAAGCUUUCCAAAUGAUGGUAGUCCGCAGGUACUCAAAUUGGCCGAUACCGAAUUGAUAAAAUCAAGUACUUCGGUAGAGUUCUUUUGGUCUUAUCCAGUUGAUGUACUCACUUUGAUUAUUGAAACACCUUUCACAGAGAAACGACAACCAUAUGCCGUUAGUAUCGAUAACGAAUCUUUGGCACCGUCUAUUUCCAAUGUCUAUCGAAUGUUAGAGAAUCAAGAAAUUGAAGUAACAACAACGGACAACAAACUUAUUCUUGAUUCAGAUUCAAAUUAUCAAAUUGUUGUCAAAUUUCGAUCUACACCAGACAUGAAUUAUUAUGGUGUUCGAAUUCAUUAUGAUAUUAUUCCAAAAUGA